AUGACCACCCAUCUCGCUGCCAUCUCCCUCGCAAAAGGCGAACCCUUCAAGCUCCAACCCCGGCCCACGCCAAAGCCAGGCCCAGGCGAGCUCCUCAUCGAGGUCAAAUCCGUCGCCCUCAACCCGGCAGACUGUCACAUGCGUGAUCAAGGCCUCUUCAUACCCAGCUACCCGACGAUCAUCGGCUUCGAUUUCUCGGGGCUAGUCCUCGACGUCGGCGAAAACGUCCCUGUCGAUGAAGGCAUGGGUCCAAUUUUCCAACCAGGCAUCACCCGUGUCGCCGCAUACUCUGCCUCCGUUUGGAAGUCCUGCGAUCCUGACUAUGGGGUCUUUCAGGAGCGAUGUCUCGUCCCCUGGCAGCAAGCUAUGCCUCUUUCAAAUGAGGGUAUCUCGUGGAAUCAGGCAGCAACUUUGCCUGUCGCCAUCCAGGUCCCCCUCAGUGCGUGGGAUAUGAUGGGGAUUUCACGUAUUGGAGAAGCAACUGCCUCUUCAUCUUGCGCAUUUGUCACCGAUACCAACGGAGAGACUCAGGAUCAUCAAAGCCAGAAGAGAGAAGCCCUCCUGAUCUGGGGUGCUUCCUCUAGCGUGGGCACAAUGGGUGUGCAAACUGCCCGACUGCUAUGCGAUGAUCCCAAUUCUUCUUUCGCCGCCGUGUACGCCACGGCUGGUGCUGCGAAUCAGAAGUAUGUAGCCACCCUAGGCGCGGAUUGUGUCUUCGAUUACAAGGAUCCGAGUGUUGUGGAUUCGAUUGUUUCGGCGGCGCGAAAGGACGGCCUGGUGAUUCGGUACUGCUUCCUUGCCAUGGGUCAGCUGGCAUUGUGUCAGGCUGUGCUUAAGGCUUUCCUCGGUGAUGGCCAAGGGGUGGAAGAAAGAAAUGCAAAGAUUGGGUCUGCCCCGAUCAUCCCUCCAGACGUGGAGGACGUGGAUGGGGUGGAAACCAUCUUUGUGAUGCCAUCCUGGGAGGAAGGGGAGAGAUUGGCCCAGUUUCAGUACUGGUUAGGGACGUGGGGGAGGGAGAACCUCACCAACGGGACUAUCAGGCCAAGUCCAGAGCCGAGGGUCGUGGGAAAGGGUUUGGGGGCUAUUAAUGGCGGGUUGGAUGUGCUGUUUCAGGGAGUGAGUUGUGCGAAGUUAGUCGUUGAGGUUUCGGAGUGA